AUGCAGGCGCAAAUUCAGGGUCAGGACAAUGUAGCUACGCUGGUAAGGCAGGCGCAAGACGGGGGCGCUGCAGCGUUUUCUGCAUUGUACGAGCACUACUACGAUUCCAUCUUUCGCUAUGUUUCAUUCCGCACGGGGAGCACCGCGGAUGCGGAGGACAUAACCGCAGAGGUGUUUGUGCGAAUGAUCGAGUCCAUUCACCGCUUCAAGUGGAAGGGUUACCCGUUCAGUUCUUGGCUGUUUCGAAUUGCACACAACCUGGUUGUGGACUUCUAUCGCAAGAAGGGAAGGCGCCAAACGAUUUCGCUGGAGAAGGCGCCGCCCAUUGUGGAGACAGCAAUGUUCGAUCCUGAUGCUCGCAUAGACAUGGAACUGACAAUGGGAGAUGUCCGGAAGGCGAUGGAGAGCCUGACCGAUCUUCAGCGGGAGGCUAUCACGCUGCGGUUUGCGGCGGGACUGUCGGUUGCGGAGACUGCUAAGGCGAUGGGAAAGAAGGACAACGCUGUGAAGGCUCUGCAGCACGCAGGGCUGAAAAAGCUGAGACGGACGCUAUGCUCGGAGACCAAUGGACGCGCUGCGGUGGCUGUGUGA